CAGAUCUCCUUUCAGGCGCUGUCCCUGUAAGAGCGUUUGCUAACAAAGACAUACUCAUCGUACACUCCCUCAUAAAAAAGCGACCGUCGAGUUCCAUUUUGGCGCUCCCCAGCUAGCUAUCCAUCCAACGCAUCACCGACUGUACAUCUGAACGGUUGCUGUCACCCACUUCACGAUGUCUACCUUCGGUACUCUCUUUCGUGUCACUACCUACGGCGAGUCUCAUUGCGCCUCGGUCGGAGCUAUCAUUGAUGGAUGCCCGCCUGGCCUUGAACUCUCCGCAAAGGACAUCCAGGUCCAGCUCAGCCGCCGAAGGCCCGGCCAGAGCAACCUGACCACGCCCCGCGACGAGAAAGACCUCGUCCACCUCCAAUCCGGCCUCGAACACGGCAUCACCCUCGGAACCCCCAUCGGUCUCCUCGUGAAGAACGAAGACCAGCGCCCGCACGAUUACAGCGAGACGGACCUGUACCCCCGUCCGAGCCACGCGGAUUAUACGUAUUUGGAGAAGUAUGGGGUUAAGGCGAGUAGUGGAGGGGGGAGGAGUAGUGCGAGGGAGACUAUUGGCCGCGUCGCCGCCGGCGCCAUCGCCGAACGUUACCUCUCCCAAGCCUACGGCAUCGAAAUCGUCGCCUUCGUCUCCUCCGUCGGCAAGAUCCACCUUCCCUCCUCCGUCUCCGCUCCUAGCGCCCAGGGAGGUAAUGAAAGCACCAGCGCCGACGGGGAGGAUAACGAUAAUGACGAUACGGAGGACGCGUUGAGCCCCGAGUUUGUUAAGUUGUUGAAGAGCGUGACGAGGGCGGAGGUGGAUAUGUUUAGUACGAGAUGUCCGCAUGAGGAGACGAGUGAGCGGAUGAUUAAGCGCAUCAUCCGCGCCAAAGACUCCUCCGACUCCAUCGGCGGCACCGUAACCUGCAUAAUCCGCAACGCGCCCACGGGCCUCGGCGAACCCGUCUUCGACAAAUUCGAAGCCAAACUCGCACACGCCAUGCUCUCUAUCCCCGCCACCAAAGCUUUCGAGAUAGGGUCUGGGUUCAGGGGGACGGAGGUUCCGGGCAGUAGGCAUAAUGAUGCGUUUGUGCUGAAGGAUGAGAAGGAUGGGAAGGGGAAGUUGGGGACGAAGACGAAUUGGAGUGGGGGGGUGCAGGGGGGGAUUACGAAUGGGGAGGAUAUUUAUUUUAGGAUCGGCUUCAAAUCCCCCGCCACCAUCUCCCAAGCCCAACCCACAGCGCAAUACGACGGCACCUCAGGCUCAUUGGCCGCCCGUGGUCGUCACGAUCCCUGUGUGGUGCCGCGCGCGGUGCCCAUUGUGGAGGCGAUGGCGGCGUUGGUGGUUAUGGAUAUGAUGAUGAUGCAGGAGAGUAGGAAGGCGAUGGGGGGGAGGUUGGGUGGGAAGUGAGCGUGCUAAGGGGGGGACGAAGGGAGAGGGUGCGAGGAAAGGAGAGGGCAGGGCCGCUGAAGCCUGUGCGGAGGCGGAUCCUGCUGAAAGAACAGAAAGAAAGUGCGAGAUGCGAGCGUUGCGAGGUCCGACGGGUCACGCUGUCGUGCUACCGUCUCCUCACAGUACAAAGAAUAUAACUUAGAAUUUAGAUAGAGAUAGAAUGAAUAGCAUGUGGU